AUGUGUAAACAUAUUCUUAAUACACAAGUAUCAAUUAGAGCAAAAUGUUGUAAUAAAUGGUUUGAUUGUGCAGAUUGUCAUAGAGAAGUAUCAGAUCAUGAUAUUUAUAAAAGUGAUGAAAUGAUAUUUGCAUGUAAAAAAUGUAAAAAAGUAUUUAGAAAAACUAUAUCAACAUUUGAAGAAGCAGAUGAAUAUUGCCCACAUUGUGAUAAUCAUUAUUAUUUAGAAGCCGUAAAACCACAACCAAAAAUUUCAAUUGAAUUAGAUGGUGAUGAAAGACUUGAAACUUUAAUGUUAGAUCCAAGACAAAAAAGAUUAGAUAAAUCAAUGUAUGAUGGUCAAGAAUAUGAACAAUAA